GCAAACAAGAGCAAAGCCCCACAGUGCCGAAAAUUGAACACAGCACUUCAACUUUUCGCAAACGAACCCGACCAGCCACCGCCGCCGCACCGCACAAAAUAACGGCAAAGAAGCAACAACAAAUCCCCAACGACUACCACCAAUCAAGCAAGCAAGCAUCGCCUCAACAACACACGUCGCCAUGGACUCGUCCUCACCCGCACGCGAAGGAAUGGUCAAGGUUGUCACCUCCAGUCAGCGCCAGCAGGCCAUGAGCGAACUUCAAGGCCUGGAAUCCUCCUUGGCUGACGUGAGAUCGUCCAUCGCAGAGCACUCCAAGAUCCUCAAGGAGCUCCGCACAAAGGAAGAGCGGCUGCAAGAGGAGAUCUUCCAGUGCAAGCAGCGCUACUCGAUUGCCCAAGACCACGUGUUCCGCAGCAAAGUUGCCCAGCUUGAGUCGGCGCUGGAGAAGCAAGACCUCAGCAUUCGCGAGCUGCAGGCGGCAUACGAGCGGGCUGUGGCCGAGCGCAUGAAGAUCGAGGACGAGUUCAAGCAGGUGAUCAAGCUUGCCUCUGGCCCAGAAGCUCUCAAGAAGCAGCAAACCGGCGAGGCCGCAGUUGCGACGCGGUAUGAGCUGACUGCAUCCCAGGCCGUUCGCUCCGGUCGGAGCCAAGAUCCGCUCGCACAGGACCCCGUGCCCACCGUCAACCGCUUCAAGCACAUCCACGAGACACAGACGGGCCAGCCCUCGCGCCGGUACGCGUCCACCAUCAACGAUCUCGGAAAGAGCGCGCCCUCCCCGUUUGUGCACGACGAGGAAUACAAGGUUGUUGGCAAGCGCCCUGAAGGUCCACGUGACUUGGGAUCGGCGCGCUUCUCGGACUGGCGUCGUCCUGGCUCGCGUGCACAGCAGCCACCCGGCGGCCGCUCCCAGAUGAGCAACAUCCUCGGCUGAGGCCUGCUGCCAUGACAUCAUGGUGCAUGUUUUGUCUUGUGUUCGUACUUGUGUGUGUGUGUAUGUGUGUGUGUGUGUGUGUGCGUAUUUGUGUGUGCAUUGGCGUUGUGUAAGAUGAACAUGAGUGUGUGUGCGUGUGCAUUGGUGUUGUGUAAGAUGAACGUGUGUGUGUGUGUGGAUGUGUGGAUGAGUAUGUGAGUCACUUGUUUGCAUUCUUUGCGUGUGUAAUGUGUGACUGCCAGGGAUUGUGUUCACGCUGUGUCUGUCAGAAAAAGCCCUCGGCUUGUGUGUUGGUUCUUGCCUCUUGUUGUUCGUCUUUCGUCAAUGCGUUUUGGUUGCUUCGAGCUGCUUCUGUAUUUCAUUGUGGUGUUGCCUUUAGUGGCCCCGUUGUGUUGUUGGCACCCGUGACACACCUGCUACCCGAUUGUGUCGCUGUUGUCGUGGGCCGCCACGCGGCUUUUGCGAUGCCUUGUUUGCUGCUGUUUGUUUGUUUGUUUCUCGUGCGGCUGCAUUGUGUUCAUCAUUACUUUGCUCUUGAGCUCCCGUUGGAUAAGGAAGCACACCGUUUUUUGUUUUUUCCUCUGUUGCACGGGCUCAGUAUUGUUGCUGUUGUUGUUCCUCGCUACCGCUCACGGUACUCAGCCUUCACGUCAAAUUACGGCCUCUGUUCUGGGCACGUGUGCAUGUUCCGAGCAAUGAAGACCCUUCUGAUGACA